ACAGCAAUCUUAUGCCUGAAGGUAUCUUCCUCAAGAAACCCCGGCCAACAGCACCACAACACUGGAGCCAAACGAUAGGCUAUAGAGGGCAGGUUAGGACAAAGCCACUGAAUGAGCAUCUCUCUCUUCCUUUUUCUUUCUCUACCUUUCUCCUGUGUCAUCAUUUUUGGGCUGAAUGCUGCAGGCGUUGGCUCGGAUUAGCAGUGUAGUUGUGAGGAUUUGGCGAGUUAGAGCUCAAAUAAUCCCAAUGGCUCAGAACUGCAAUGCUUUCUCCACAGAGAAUGGUGGCGCUGCCACAGCAGCUAUUCUCAUCAUAGGAGAUGAGAUCCUCAAGGGCCACACUGUUGACACGAACAGUGCCUUCCUGUGCCGCGGCCUCCGCAAGCUUGGUGUCGCUGUACAGCGUAUCACUGUGGUACCUGACAUCCAAGAAGUCAUUGCUAAAGAAGUGGCCCAGCUUUCCUCCUCCGUUACUCACCUCAUCACAUCUGGUGGCGUCGGCCCUACCCAUGAUGAUGUCACUUUUGAGAGUGUUGCCAUGGCAUUUGGCGAAGGCCUGCAUGCCCACCCGGAACUAACAAGGCUAGUGGAAGAGUUCUUUGGUGCGGUCGAUCCCAACAGUGCCACUAUGAAACUUGCAAUGGUCCCUGUUUCUGCUAAACUCAAUUUUGGCACAGACCAUCAGACAGGCCAGCGAAAUCGCUACCCUCUAGUCAGUGUCCGCAAUGUAUACAUGUUCCCUGGCAUCCCCUCUCUGCUGGAACGGUCCUUUAAUGGACUUGCCCAUCUGUUUUCAGGUUCUGGUACCACCUUUCACACCCGUGAAGUGUUUGUGGAUGCAGAUGAGACAGAGAUAGCCCCGGUUCUGACAAAGCUCCAGGCAGGCUGGGGCAAGCGAGUCUCUCUGGGCUCUUACCCAGACUGGCUGAGCAAUUAUCAUCGUGUCCGAUUGGUUCUGGACACAGACUGUACAGAGGAUGUUGAACGGGCACAAGCUCAGCUAAUAGAAGAGCUACCUAAAGGGAGUUUGGUACCUCUCAUCACUGACCCUGUCACAAUCGCCACAGAAGAGGUGUACUCGCUCUCAAACAGCGGUUCGCUACUGGGGCAGAAAGUAGGAACAGCUUUGAGGACCAUUGAGACAGCACUGGAACAGUAUUCAGCUAAUGAGAUCUGUGUUGGCUUUAAUGGUGGCAAGGACUGCACAGCUCUACUGCAUUUGUAUUAUGCUGCUCUAAAGAGGCGUUAUCCAGAUGGCAAAGACAGAGUAAAAGCUUUGUACAUUCGAAUUGUCUCUCCUUUUCCUGAAAUGGAGAGAUUCUUGCAGGAUACAAUUAAUAGAUAUGACCUUGACCUGUUCUCAGUGGAGGGCAGUAUUCGGCAGGCACUGAGUGAGGUGCAGGAGAGGAGGCCGGAGUUACGGGCUGUUCUGAUGGGAACAAGACGAACCGACCCUUAUUCACACACGCUGACACCCCUCUGUCCCACAGACCCGGGCUGGCCUGAUUACAUGAGGGUCAACCCUCUACUGGACUGGACUUAUCAUGAUAUCUGGUCAUUCCUGAGAACACUGUAUGUGCCAUACUGUAUUCUGUAUGAUAAAGGAUACACUUCUUUGGGCAGUAUGGAUAACACUUGCAGGAAUCCUUCUCUUAAAGUGAUGGAUGGGAGAGGUGUGACCCGCUACAGACCCGCCUACCAGCUGGAAAAUGAGGAGGAAGAACGCAACUCUAGGGCGUGAUGUCAUCAUUGGCUCCUUUAAUUUUUUUUUAAUUGGGCACAAUGGAUGGUAUAGGUGUAACUGAGAACAUUUUGAAGAAGGAAGAUAAUCUGAAAGAUCGAUGCAAACACAGAGAUCAUGGGGAUGUAAAUAGUUUGUGGACUAGAGAGUUUGCGUGACUGAAAGUUUGAGUGAGUGUGUUGGAAAGUGGGAAAUGUCAGUGUAUAUGCUGUAUUGAAGGAUUUAUAUUAAAACAGUAUCAUGGUGUCCUGUUCUUUUUAAACCUGUUAAAAUCAUUUGAUAUUUUCUUGGGAAACCACUGUGAUUUUGUGUGUAUGUGGGUGUGAGUGCAAAAUCUUCCCUUGUGGCAACUUUCUCUGUACUUUUUAUUGGAGAAAAGCACAACUUGGUUAAACUAUAGUUAAGUCGUUUGAAAAUUGAGUAUUGCUUGAGAUCACACACAAACAAUCAUGGAAAGACUUAUAAAUGCGACCACCUGUGGAGAACAGUCGAAGAUAUCCACCCACUGACAUGCUGCGUCCCACUUAAUAAAAUGUAAUGACGGUUUCCGCCCUCACGGGUGCGAUGUAGUCACGUUGUAGUUAGGAUAGUGACUACAGUAAAGUUCUCAAUCCAAGCUAGAUUUAACCCAGGAAUAUCGAUCUUCUUUUCCCGUCUAGAAAUCAGUCAGCGGUCUGGCAACGACAAUCGAUGUGGGGUAAUGUAAUAAAGAGACUCGCUUACGGACCCGCGGACUGUCACGCUUCCAAUUACCAGCAGCACUAUCAUCAUCUUUAUAAUUCACCCAUCACCCAUUAUAAUGGUAAUGACUUAAAAGAAAGUCUAACCUAACUGCUAUUUUAGGCGUGUUUGGGCUUGAAGGAUCCUUGAAUCACUUUUCAGAAAUUGUUUUAUUUAUCAAAAUAUCCAUAAAAACAAUUUUACAACAAAUAUCAAAGGCAUACAGAAUCCGUUUAUUUGUCACUGCAGAGAUACAGUACAAUUUGCAUUGUUUGCUAGCACAAGAACAGCAAUAACAGUAGGAUUCAACACAACAGUGCAAACAUAAAGGAAACAGAUAAUAAAGCAGUGGGGGAAAUGGACGUAAUAAAAUAGCCAGUCAGGGUUUGACAACAUGCCCCUUUAUUGGGUCAAUCUUUUGUAUAACCAUUUAUUUAAGCUGUAUGCUUACAAUAAAAAUAUACUUUCAAAAAUAACCUCUCUCUGAAAAACAUUCAGUAGAGGAGGAAAAAAAAAAAAAAAAAGCUACCACUGAUAUCUUACUAUGCUAACAAGCCAAUAAAAUAACACUCACACAUUUAAACUUUACUUGCUUCACACAGCCAAUGAAAUACAUUUCAGUGUUUAAUGUAACUGGCCACAUGCUUACAAAGUAAAGGUUCUUUGUCUUUGUGAAGAGAGGUCUCAUUUGUCACCACAACACAGGCUUUGAAGUUUGAACUAUAGUAGUAUCCUACUGUAUGUUUUAAACAUUCAGAAGUAGUCCAUCAAUGACCAGUCAAAGGAGUGAUGAGGAUCUUGCAGCACCAUGAUAUUUCUUAACAAAAUGAUUGUUAUAUGAUACUAAUCAAAAUGCACUCAAACAGAUUUCAAUUUUGCAUGCUGUUAAAAAUAAAUAAAUAAAAUAAAAUAAUCAUUCCACAUUGUUAUCUUUAAAUACACACCAACAGGACAAAUAUCUACAGCUGGACGAGAGGGUGGCUUUCACACAAUGUAAAUGGUAAAUUAUGAUAAAUACAAAUGUGUUCAAAGUGCACAUAAAUCAACAGUAUGUCUGCUCUGUCACAGAAGAUGUUGAGGAAGAAUAUGAAAUAUGUGCUGCCCAUCAUCAAGCUGUCCAAGAAGCAAAAUGUAUCUUACAGUAACUGGUUACAGUGUGAAGCAGGAUUACAUUUGCACAGAAGAAAAUCUGAGUGAAGAUCAAAGAGCAGCCGGAGCAGGUUAUGGAGUGAAAAGGCUGGACCUAUGGAGGACCCUCUACAUUUAAAUAUAUGUGAAUAUACACUCACUGGCCACUUUCUUAGGUACACCUGUACAUCUACUUAUUCAUGCA